AUGGAUUAUCAACAUACAUCUUUUCUUGUAAAUCUUUUUCAAAAUUAUUAUCCUGAAUCACUUGGUCUUGGACUUGUUUUAAAUGCUCCUUGGUUAUUUACUAGCUGUUGGCGUAUUAUUAAACGAUGGUUAGAUCCACUUGUCGAAAGUAAAAUUCAUUUCAUCAACAAUGUUGAUGAUUUAACUCAAUUUAUUGAUUCAUCGAAUUUACCAAAACGAUUAAAUGGUGAAAAACCAGAUCACAAUUAUAUACCACCAACAGAACAAGAGACUUUAAUGUUAUCUGCACUUCAUAAUGAUUUUUAUAGAAAGAAAAUAGCAAAAGAAAAUCAUCAAUAA